AUGUCUCACGGCACUUCUUCUAUGAGCAGCAGCAUGGCAGUCAUGACUUCUGACACCGAAGACGACUUCGUUGUUGUCGACUCCAACAGCGAGAUUGAGAAGCUCCAGAAGGAACACAAGCAAACCAUGAAGGCUUUGGUCGACACGCACCUUGCGGAGCUGGCAAUGUUGCGGGACAGCUGCAAUAGACGCGCCGAGGAUGCGAUUCGCACCGCUGGUCUGUCCAUUGACCGCAACAACGAGCGCCAUCAGGACGAGGUCAGAGAUCUGAAAAGGGCUCUCGCUGCCGAGCAGGCCAAAGUGGCUCAUCUCAUGACGGCGUGCCCUCCUCACCUCAGAGGUAGUGCUUCGCGCAGCUCCCAAUAG